CCCUGUUUUCGUCGGAUGGGCCGUUACUCCUCCGAAGCUGGGCCCUUGACAUUGAAGGGCAAGAUCCGGUCGAUAAGAGGUGUGCUGGUGGUGUCAACGGCAUGGACAUGAGCUCGGCUACCACGGAAAUGAAGGCUGAGAAAUGUGUGGUUCCUCGCUCGAGAAUUGAUCUCCGUAUCUCCAACAGAGUGCCUUUUGGAGCCACACAUACGCUGCCCAACCACACUUCACUUUGGAGACCACACAGAAAAUGAGUGAUGCCGAUGACUCGUUUAGGCACUGGACAUGUAUUAGUUUGUCAUUAAGAAUCCUUGUGCUCUUUAGUUGCAGCAAUGGUCAGCCAUGCAGCUCUUGCCUCCUCAAGGAUUCCAUCCAACACCUGGUUCCACUCCAAGGCCGCCCAUUCUCACCCCACCUCAUGCUUUAGCAAGAGGCUAGAGGUUGCUGAAUUCUCGGGUUUGAGAUCAAGCGCAUGCGUCACCUUUGCAACAAACGGCAGAGAUGCAUCCUUUUCUGAUGUGUUAGCUGCCCAGUUGUCUACCGAGACCGCUAGAGCUGUUCUCGUCAAGGGAGAGACCGUUGCAAAGCUGAAAGUUGCAAUCAAUGGCUUUGGAAGGAUUGGUCGGAACUUCCUCCGCUGCUGGCACGGCCGAAAUGACUCCCCACUCGAAGUCGUGGUUGUCAAUGACAGCGGUGGUGUUAAGAAUGCAUCUCAUCUUCUCAAAUAUGACUCCAUUCUUGGGACCUUUAAAGCUGAUGUGAAGAUUGUAGACAAUGAAACAAUCAGUGUAGACGGAAAGCCUAUCAAGGUCGUCUCCAAUCGUGACCCUCUGCAGUUGCCAUGGGCUGCACUAGGAAUAGACAUUGUUAUCGAGGGGACAGGAGUCUUUGUUGAUGGCCCAGGAGCUGGAAAACAUAUACAGGCCGGUGCUAAGAAGGUUAUCAUCACGGCACCAGCGAAAGGAGCCGAUAUCCCAACAUAUGUGGUUGGUGUAAAUGAAGGUGACUAUACCCAUGAGGUGUCAAAUAUAGUAAGCAAUGCAUCUUGCACGACAAAUUGCCUAGCUCCUUUCGUGAAGGUCAUGGAUGAAGAGUUUGGCAUUGUGAAGGGAACCAUGACAACAACUCAUUCUUACACGGGCGACCAGAGGUUGUUGGAUGCAUCGCACCGUGACUUGAGACGUGCAAGAGCUGCAGCACUAAACAUCGUCCCGACAAGCACCGGAGCAGCAAAAGCUGUAUCACUGGUGCUGCCUCAACUGAAAGGAAAGUUAAAUGGGAUUGCUCUCCGAGUGCCAACACCCAAUGUCUCAGUUGUGGACUUAGUAGUGAAUGUGGAGAAGAAAGGAAUGACAGCUGAAGACGUGAACGAUGCAUUCAGGAAGGCUGCUAAUGGACCAUCGAAUGGUGUCUUGGCAGUGUGUGAUGUUCCUUUAGUGUCUGUGGACUUCCGAUGCUCUGAUGUCUCUUCCACUAUCGAUUCCUCACUGACUAUGGUUAUGGGUGAUGAUAUGGUCAAGGUGGUCGCUUGGUAUGACAACGAAUGGGGAUACAGCCAACGGGUUGUUGAUUUGGCACAUCUAGUGGCGAGCAAGUGGCCAGGCAUUCCUGCACAAGGAAGUGGAGAUCCUCUGGAAGACUUCUGCCAGACAAACCCAGAGACCAAGGAAUGCAAAGUUUAUGAAUUUUGAUUUGGCACAUCAAACAUGUCCGACGAUUCUUAGGAGCAUAUGAUUACCUUGGGGCUGUCUGUGGUUGAUCUGUUUUUGCCCAAACAAGUAUUCUUAUUGUCUGACAAUCCAAAUGAUAUAUUCAAAAUAAUUGAAUGAUCCGAGCAAAUUUAGAUGUUUUUGAUCCUUUCAA